AGGCCAUCUGGGCCGAAUGGUACUGUUGUCAGUUGUUGCCCGCUCGACCGUUGCUGCAGGCAUCGUGCCAAAGCGCGGGGGGCGCCAUGGCUCUUUGUGUUUUCGACGAUGCGGAGGGUGGCGGCGGCAAUCCGAUUGGGAACGCCACGUUGCAGCACGUCGCUCUAGGAGGCAACAGCUAUGCUCUCAAGCAGAUCCGUGAGGGGAACCGCUGGCUGGGCGGUGCCGCAACGAAGAUCGAGGACAUUGUCAAGGACUGCGUCGAGGGCAGCGAGGCCGGGAAGGUCGUCGACUUGAACUUCCAUUUCAAGUUCAUUCAGGAGAUAUCCGGCCUUGAGCAGUACGCACCGAAUCUUCGCACGCUGAAUCUAUCUUCUAACAACAUUGCGGAGAUAUCAGGUCUGGACGGCAUGAACAGGCUGAAGGAGCUCAAGUUGUAUGGGUGCCAGAUAUCGCGGAUAAGCAGCCUUGAGCCAUGCCGAAAUUUAUCUGCUUUAUAUUUGGAGGACAACCGUAUUGUGUCUAUAGAAGGCCUGGAUGCACUGGUCUCUUUGGAGCAUCUGAAUCUGGACAACAACAGGAUACAGGCCAUUGGCAAGGGCCUGGCGAAGCUGGCGAGGCUGAAGGAGCUGCAUCUCUGCAGCAACCGCCUCAGCACCCUCGCCGGGCUCACUGGCCUGAGCGCACUGCAGGUGCUCAGAGUCAGCAACAACCAGAUUGCCGACGUCACCGCCGACCAGCUGCGAGCUCAGAACAAGCUGGACGAGCUGAACCUCUCGGGCAACCAGCUCACGAGCCUCUCCUUCUUCGGCGCCCCGCCCAGGCCCUGCGCGACGCUGGCCGUGGCGGGUGCCGCCCCGCGCCCGCACGGCGGGGGCCAGGGCGGCGGUCUGGAGCCCUCCAGGCAACUGCAGCUUUUGCCCAGCCUCGCAUCCCUGGACGUCUCUGGCAAUCAGCUCACCGCGGACGCUCUGCGGAACCUGCCAACCUGCAUGCAGCUCUCGGAGGUGAGCCUUGCAGAGAAUCAGAUCGCCGAUCUCCCUACCAGCCUCAGCUCUAGCUGGCCCUCCGUGGAGAUACUGGACCUCAGCGGCAACCUCUUGGAGCGGCCAGAGAGCGUGCAGCGCCUGUCGGCCAUGGUGUCGAUGCGGGAGCUGCUGCUGGAGGGGAACCCUCUGCAGGAGGACGAGGAGGCCCUGUCCAAGGCGCUCUCGGGGCUCACCUCGCUGGAGUACGUGGACGACAGGCCCUUCGCCCCUGCGCCCGAGCCCAGCUUGGGGGACGAGGAGGAGGAGGCGGACGCGGAGACCUUCGCGCUGACGAAGGCGGGGGGCUCGCUCGAGCGCCCCGGCUCCUCGGCCGGCUCCCGACCGAGCACGGCCGGCCGGCCCAGGAGCGGCGCCGGCUCGCGGCCCACCACGGCGGGCUCGCGGCCGGGCGGCGCGGGCGGCGCCGCGGCGGUCAACCCGCUGAUGGCGAACGCCAGGCUGAAACUCACGGAGAGGAGGUUCGUGAACGAGGAGCAGGCCUUGGCCUGGGAGAGGCAGACCAAGAGCGGGCUGGCGGCGAUCGAGAAGCAGCUCCACAGGACCGAGCAACAGAUCGACCGGGACAUGCAGGACAUGAACAGGUACCUGGUCCGGGCCGAGCGGGUGCUCAAGCGGGAGAAGGAGCUGCAGGAACGCCGGGACGCGGCGAUCCCGGAGGAGCUGGAGGAUCCCGAGCCGCCUGCGCGGCCCCGCCCCGCGGCAUCCCCCGCGCCCGCGCAGCCGGCGCCCCCAUCGCGGUCGGGACGCAGGCUGCGGGAGGCGAUGCACAGCGCGAGGGGCGACGACGGCGGCGGCGACCGCGCCGGGACCCCGGACGCCAGCUCCCGCGAGGGAGGCCCCACCGCGCCGCCGAGCCGGGCGGGCACGCGGUGCCCCAGCGGCGCGUCGGCCGCCUUCGACGAGGCGCACGCCGCGGUGCUGCAGGCAUCCCCGCGGGACUCCGGAACGACAUCCGGGGCAGAGGAUCGGCAACGCAGCGGGCCCGAGGACGUGGCCACUGGCGCCUCGGAGGGCGAGGACGGCGUCCCGCUGCCGCGGCCCCGCGCCAGCGCGCCCCCGCACGCCGGCUCGGCCCGAGGCGGCGUGCGACGCGCCCGCCCGCGGGCCGUCGGGGGCUACGCCACGGCGCGCCCGGCCGCGGGCUC